AAAUUAUUACAGUAUUUGACAACUAUUCAGAAUUGCAUUAAGUUAUUUUAAUUAAUUUUAAAAAUCUAGUAAUGCAAAGAUUGCUGCAAAGUUAUAGAGAACCACAUUUUAAAGGAAAAAGGCAAGAUCAGAGAUUUAAGAUUUAUUAACUAUUAACUAUUAACUUAAUUGGAUAAAAUCAUCAGAUUUUUUUUUAUCGCGUUGAUAGAAAAAUUGAUUAGAGAAUAAAGAUAAGGAAAUUUAUAGAGUUCGGGAAUUUUGCGGUGAGCCACUCCGUCGGUUUCGACUUCACUUUUUAUUGCCCGAUGGAAAAAAAACUGAAGAUUCAAGUCGAUACUGGGAAUUUCGCGUUUGUGAUAGUUUGCGAUAUUUAAUCGCAUUUUUUGUUACUCGGCAGAGCUGAGGAGAUGAGUUGGAAGAUACGAGCGGACUUUCUGGUCGACUCUGACGAUUUGAGUUGGAUCAUCAAUUAUAUUAAUCGCACGUUGGUCAAAGUCAACCCCUUAAUCCCCCUACCCCUACGACGGGAGUUAAUCGGCAUCGACUUCUAAUGCCCAGAGCGAGCCACGAUGCGCGGACCUGUCACGGCUCGCGGCAGCGCGAAAGCGACACUAGCUAGUCGUAUUCGAGGCAGUCGUUGACGAGCUUUCGACUAUGACGGUCACGUUGCUCCCUCAGCAGCCGGCCAGUAUAAACGGGACCUCCACAGCCCGGUGCGCUACCCUUCGCGGUUAAAAGCCGCCUGGCUCCAACCCAGCCGCGCUCGUACCAAUUGGGCUGAGAAAUUAUGCGAGAACGGGGGUCAUCGUGAACGAAGACGCGAGCGAACGUCGACGAAAUAUCAAUCGCGGUGGUGGUGCGGAGAGGAUUAACAAAGUGCAGUGAACCGACGACGUCCGUUUUCGCGACGGUGCCGAAUAGUACCCGAGACUUUGUGACAUCUCCUCUUCUGUUUUCACUCCCGUGCGAGCUUGCGUGCGAUUCCGGAAUCAGGAGUCAGGAGUCUCCAGCCGCGAUGACCACAUCGACGCAUUAUUCGCCGUCGCGAUCGUCCCUGAGCUGCUGCCAGUUCGACCGGGGCAGUCAGGAUGACGUGCGAGGCCCGGCCAUCAUCGGCAACAACAAUUAUUUCCUGCGGAAGGAGAAGUACUCCUUCCCGAAGAGGCCCCAGCUUGACCUGUCGUUCCGCGACGUGCGCUACCGCGUCAAGGAAUGGAGCCUGCGUAAUUUCUCCAUCAGCGAGAAAGAGAUUCUGCAUGGUGUCAGCGGCGAAUUUAAGGCCGGCGAAUUGGUGGCCAUAAUGGGACCGUCCGGAGCCGGGAAAUCGACAUUGUUGAAUGCUCUUGCCGGUUUCACCGUAAAGGGGGUGAGCGGAGAGGUUCUGGUCAACGGCAAGGUUCGAGUGCCGCAGAGCGAACGAUGGAAAAGGACAUCGUGUUACAUUCAGCAGGACUCCAUUCUCAGGCCAUGCAUCACUGUGGGAGAAGCCAUGACUCUAGCUGCUCAUUUGAAGCUCGGUUGCACAAUCAGCUCCGCUUACAAGCACACCCAGGUUUUAGAGCUGUUGGAGAUGCUGGGAUUGACUCAUUGCUACGACACGUUAUGCGGAAAAUUAUCGGGAGGACAAAAGAAGCGGCUCGACAUUGCCUUGGAACUCCUAACUAAUCCUUCAGUAUUAUUCCUCGAUGAGCCAACGACUGGUCUGGAUUCCUCCUCGUGCAGCCAAUGCGUCGCUCUGAUGAAACGAUUAGCGGAAUUAGAAAGGCGCACGGUAAUCUGUACGAUUCAUCAGCCGAGUGCGUUGCUCUUGGAGAUGUUUGAUACCCUCUACGUGGUGGCCGGUGGCUACUGCAUAUACAGAGGUCCGGUCAGGUCGCUGCUACCGCACCUGGCCUCCGUCGGCGCCCACUGCCCGCCGUAUCACAAUCCAGCGGAUUUCGUUCUCGAGGUGGCGAUCGGCGAAUAUGACAUUUCGCUCGAUAAGCUGGUGGCGGCGGCGGAAACGAUUCCGAACGAUCAGAAGACAGUCGCUCUCACCACGGGAUUGCCUGAAGAAACGGACAGAAUCAAAGAACCGCCAUCACCUGCCGGUUUCCUGACGCAAUGUUAUCUUCUGUACAAGAGGCAGUUGUUAUGCUUGAAAAGAGACUACACGUUGUUGAUGGCGCGAUUACUCUGUCAUCUGUUAAUUGGCGUGAUUUUCGGAUAUCUGUAUAUGGGAAGCGGUUAUCGAGCUAACGUCUUGGCGAAUUACGUUUAUCUAUACGGAUCGCUGCUGCUUCUUGUUUAUACCGGAAAAAUGGCAGUCACUCUCGCCUUCCCACUGGAGAUGCGGAUUCUCACGAGGGAGCAUUUCAAUCGCUGGUACCGGCUGGCCCCGUAUUAUAUCAGUAUGUUGCUGGUCGAGAUACCUUUCCAAGCGGCCUGUGCGGCGACAUAUCUCGCAGUAAGCUACUGGUUAACAGGACAGCCUGUAGAGACGAAUCGUAUAAUAUUCUUCAUGAUAGUCAGCAUAGCCGCCAGCCUGACGGCGCAAGCUUGGGGUUUCUUCAUCGGCGUUACCACGCCGAUUAAGAUUGCGGUCUUCGCCGGUCCGAUAAUCGCGGUGCUGUUCUCCAUUUUCGGCUUUUGCAUACGCUACAUAGACACGCCGAUCCUCUUCCGCUGGAUGUUCCACGUGUCGUACUUUCGCGCGGGCUUCCACAGCCUGCUGUACACCGUGUACGGAUUCGACCGGAUGGACCUGAAGUGCGACGAGUUCUACUGUCACUACAAAAGGCCGACCAAAUUUCUCAACGAGAUGGACAUCAACGACGUAAACGUGGUGAAUAAUCUGAUACUCAUCCUCGGCAUCGGGGUGCUGAUGCACCUUCUAACGGCGAGCGCGCUUUGGUGCAAGCUCAACAGAAGAUGA